UGGAUAUUCCAGGUCCCCAGGACUCCCUAAUUGCUGCUUAAUGCUUCAGAGGGGUCUAACACCUCCACCCAAGAAGGAAACAUUAAAAAGUUGCCUGGUCUGUCACCUCUGUAGGAGUCCUGUUCCUCAUGAGGAUUGCCAUGGAGGAGCCUGACGCUCUGCAGUGGACAGCUGGUUCUGUCAUCGCUGGUCAUAUUUUCAUUGGUGCAUAUUAGACAAAGAGCGGUAAUCUUCCUCGGCCAACCUUUUUGUUCUACCCAGAAGAGGACUUCGAGACAAGGAGAUUGAGGAGACAUGGAAGAAGCAGCCACUGAGGUAAAUGAAGAUGUGUUGGAGGAAGCAGAGCAUCUUCUUGAACCUCUGGAGCCAGAGGAUGAUGGUACAUUCUUCCAAGUCACCAACCUCCUGAACAUCAUGGACAGUGAAUCAGCAAAGACAGACACCACAGAGCCAGGCCUGGACAUGCGGAAGACCUUGGCUUCAGUCAUAAUCACAGAGAAGGCUACCACUGAUCCCUGUAUGGUGAUGAAUGCUCUCAUCCGCUGCCUGCAGGUGCCAGAGAUUUCUACCCAGCGCAAGGUGAAUGUCUACAACAUCCUGCAGGACAUCAUCCAACAGGAAGGGGAGAUGGAGGAGCGCUGCAUACAAAGGCUGGUGGCCAUCGCCUCCAAGCAGAUGAGGGAUAUCACAGAGGUGGAGGAUUUCGAGACAGCGGAGGUGGCCAGUGAGACUCUGGUGGCUUUGUCCCGAAACCACUUCAGCUUGGUCAUGUAUGAGCUGCAGCAUCAUCUCAAGCCCAGCCUCACGGAUGAGUUUGUCAUUGUCACCUUGGCCAAGCUAGCCAAUGGCAAUGUGUUUGAGUUCAUGCCGUACAUGGGCAUCACCUUGGCUACCAUAUUCACCAUGUUGAGACUUGCCAACGAGGCCAAGAUGCGCCAGGUGAUCUGUAGUGCCAUGGAGACAUUCUGUGAGACAGUGCAGUUUUACCUGAGGCAUCUGGAGGACAGUCUGUACCCCGUGAUGACCGAGGACCAGUUUGCUGUGAAGCUCUUCCCAAUGUACCGAUACUUCGUGACAGUGUGGCUACGUCACCAGGACGUCGAGGUGAAACUGGCAGUCAUCAAGUCUCUGAAGCCCAUGCUGAGCCUUCUCCUGCCCAAUGAUGCUCGGGAACAGGUGUACGACUACAUCCCCCUGCUGCUGGCCGAGUUUCAGGGCAGCCUGGAGGCACUCUUCAUCACACAGAUCUUGAGGCAGAUUCUAGAAGCAUCAGUCACCACCAACACCCCCAUCCCUCCGAUGCUGCUACACCCCAUUUUCACAGAGUUGCAUGUCCAGGUGUGCACCAAAGCCCCAGUUCAGCAGCAGUUCAGCAGUCAGAACCUGAUGGAGAUCGUGCACUGCUUCGUAGCCCUGGCCCGCUCCUACCCCAAGGUUAUGAAGUUCUUCUUCAGCCAGGUGGAGAUGAGCAAGGAAGCUGUCCGCGUGGGGACACUGGCUUUGAUCAGGGCGGUGGUGAGCGCAGAUGACCCCAAAAUGAACAUCAAGACCAUCUACCUGGCCAUCCGCGUUGUCAAGAACACUCUCGACACUCGGUCCAAGGUCCGGAUGGCAAUUCUACGAAUCAUUGGCCAGCUGGUCCUGUCAGGCUUCCAGGAAAAGAUCAAAGGCUGGGGACUGAAAUACGUGUCUGUACAGCUCACCUUAUCUACCUACAAGCUGACAAACCGCCGGGUGCUUUAUCAGAGGGACUUGGAAGAGAAGAUGGUCCACAAAGUCACCAUGGAUACUGUGAAGAUCAUAACUUCGUCUAUCAGUGGCAUGACCAAUGAGUUCUGGGUGAGACUGCUGUGCUACAUCAUGGAGACCGAUUACACAGAGGCCUUGACCCCCAUCUGUAUCAGUCUCACAAACCUGGCAGAGAACCAGAUUCAUGGCAAAGACACGGAGGCUGGAAUGGCUGGAAAGAGCAAACAUGUGGACCUGCCUGCACCCCAGAAGCUCCUGGCCCGUCUCCUGGUGCUGAUGUCAUCCUACAAAGGAGAAGGUCGUGGCAUUGCCAUGCUCAACCUCCUGAGGACCCUAAGCCAGAGCAUUGCCCCCUCCAUGGCUGAUAUGUGGGAGCAGGAGAUCCCGCUGCUGGUCCAGUACCUGGAAGAACACACUGAGUUCACCUGGAACCAGAAGGCCUGGGAGGAUAAGCUAAUUCAGUUUCUGAGAAACUCCCUCAAGAAGACCCGUGGUACCAGCUGGAGCCUACGUCUCAGCAAAGAGUUGAACAACCAGCUCGAGACCUUCGACAGCCCCUCUUUGGAAAAGGGUUUUCUGUACAGGGCCUUGGGCUUCACCUUAGGCAUGGGCCUGGAGGCUGACAGGGUGGAGGUGCUGUUGCUGGAGCUGCUGUACAAGACAGACUAUAGCAACGACUUCGACCGGGAGGGUGUCAUCCUGUGCUUUGGCCUGUGUGCCCGGGGCCAGGUGAAGACGGUGUUGAAUGUGCUUCACGACUUUGAAGAGAGGAUCCAGGAGUCAGAGCAGUCCUGGCAAAUUGGUGCCUGGAGGAAGGACCACCCCUGGAGGCGAGAGACUGUGAAGAGUGCCCUUAUGGUGAUGUACAGCUGUGUGUCCUCUUACUGCCACCCCCAAAUGCUCCUCACCCACGUGGACAGCCCCAUCACUGCCAAGAUCAUCCACCACUACUCUAGCAGCUGCCAGGACAUCAGCCUCAAAAUGGCCUUCAUGAAGAGUGUUGUGCAGGUCACCAAGGCCAUCAAAAGCAUCCAAGACCCGGAGGACUUCCAAUUUACCCACAAGUCUGCUCUUACAAGCCUGAUUGUUGUAAGUGGGGCAGGGAUUCCCCAGUGGGACAGAGCUCCCCAGUCGCCCUGGUCAGGUUCUUUGGGGGAUAUCUGGGACGUACCUGGGGGCUGUAAAGCUGUAAAGCCUUCCUGCCUGACUCUCAUCUACCGCACUGUAGGCUCUGAGGAUGACUUUGGUAUCUCACAGAGGGAUUCACAGUCACUAAAGAGUGGGAAAACUAGGGCAGGGCUUGUGCCCAGCGGUGCCCAGAAGAAGCCAGCUUAG